AUGAAUUGUAUUAUUCUUCUGGCGAUUUCGUGUGUUAUAGCUGGCAAUGCUCAGCCUUUAGGUAUGGCCGGUAUUGGCCUAGGUCUCGAUGGGAUAGGUCUCGGUGGAAUGGGUACAGAACUAGGCGGUAUGGGUACUGGUCUCGGGGGAUUGGGAACGGGUCUGGGUACCGGUUUAGGAAUAGGUGGUAUGGAAGGUGGUCUUGGAUACGGCUUGGGAGGAAUUAGCGGUGGUUACACCAACGGUGAUGGCUACGGUGGACAACAGCUUGGGGCCGGAGCCAGCGGAAUUGGAAAUCAGGGAUACCAAACAGCCGGGGUCAAUGGUUAUCACAAUAUAGGCAGUCAUAAUAAUAGAGUAUUGUCUGUAAACCAAGUAGUUAAUAAUGGAUUCCAUAACGUGGGAGGAGGAUCUGCUGUGAACAACGGUGGCUACGGCGGCAACGGUUUUAACGGAUAUCAAAAUGGCGCUUCGCAAUUUGGCAAUGGUUUCGGUUCGGGUACUCAAGGAAUGAUUUUAUAA